AUGGCCCCCCCCAGCCCCCAACCCUACCCACAGCUGCCUGCAGACCCUCCCGGGGGCCACCUCCACUCCGGCGGCUUCAUCACUUUGCUCCUCCGCGCCCAGCCCUACCCAACCUCCCGUUACGGCUCCCGGUGCCCGCCGGCCGGCGGCGAGGUGCCAGCGGAGGGCAUCUGCCAGCUGGCAGCUCGCCUGCUCCUCGGUGCCAUCCAAUGGGCCAAGGCUGUGCCCUUCUUCGCCCACCUGCGGCUCGGGGACCAGAUGGCAUCGCUCAGCCUGGCCUGGAGGGAGCUCUUCGUGCUGGAUGCAGUGCAGGCAGCGCUGCCCUUGCAGCCUGGGCACCUGCUGGCACCAGCAGCCGCCGCCGCAGUGCCAGUGGCUGCCCAGCGCCUGGGGGCAUCCACGGAUCCCGUCUGGCUCCUGCGGGAGCAGCUGGAGAAGCUCAGGAGCCUGCAGCUGGACCCGGCCGAGGUCGCCUGCCUGAAGGCUUUGGCUCUGUUCUCCCCCGACGCCGUGGGGCUGUCGGAGCCAGGGCAGGUGGCAGCGCUGCAGGAGAGGGCACAGUUGGCACUGCAGGCUCACGUCCGGCGGCAGCGCCCAGGGCAGCCCAGCAGGUUCGGGAGGCUCCUCCUGCGCCUGCCUGCCCUGCGCCGCCUGCCCGGGCACAGCCUCCAGCGCCUCUUCUUCAGCCACCUGCUGGGAGAGACCCCCGUGGAGACCCUCAUCAGGGACAUGCUGCUGGCCGGAGCCACCCUCGGCUGGCCCCACGGCCACGGGCAGUGA